AAACGGUACUUUAAUGCUUGCUUCCAGUGUCUCAUAAAUGUUACCAGUUUUAUCAAAGGGCUCCAUUUUCCGAAUAGAAGCUAAACGACGCCAUCAAACAUUUACAGAUGACUUCUAAACUGAUAAUCUGUCUUUGCCUUGCGACCCUUCUAACUCCUAUUUGGGGUUUACCUUUGCUGCAGUCAGAUGAGGAAAGCGAUGUCGAUGAAUGUGAUCAAGAAGAUGCUGUAAACCAAAAUAAUGACAACGAAACCGAUGAGAUCAUUGGUGACAUUAGAGAAAGCAGUCGAGGAGGUAAAGAAGAGAUCGGCGAGCACAGUGGAGAUGAAAGUGGAGAUGACAGUGGAGAUGAAAACAGUGAGUUCAGUGGAGACGACAGCGGAGAUGACAGUGGAGAUGACAGCGGAGACGGCAGCGGAGAUGGCAGUGGAGAUGACAGUGGAGAUGACAGUGGAGAUGAAAGCGGCGAGGACAGUGGAGAUGACAGUGGAGAUGAAAGCGGCGAGGACAGUGGAGAUGACAGUGGAGAGGAAAGCGGUGAGGACAGCGGAGAUGACAGUGGAGAUGAAAGCGGUGAGGACAGUGGAGAUGACAGCGGAGACGACGGUGGAGAUGAUAAUGGCGAUAAUGAUGGUGAUGGUAAUGACGGUGAAAGUGACGGUGAUGACGACGACGGGGAUGAUGAUGAUGAUGAAAAAGAAGAAGAAGAAGAAGAUGGUGAUGACAAGGAGGGUGACAAUGACGACGGCGACGAAGAUAACGACAGCAAUGGGGGCGACGGAAGUGAAGAUGGCGAUGAAAAUGAUGGUGACGAUGACGGCGGCGACGAUAAUGAUAGCAAUGGCGACAGUGGUAAUACUGACGACGACGAUGAUGAUGGCGGAGACGAAGAUGGUGAUAAUAACGAGGGCGAUAGUGAUGAAGGCGACGGCGACAGUAAUGAGGACGAUGACAAUGACGAUAAUGGCGACGAUGACGACGAGAGUGAAGAUAACAAAGGUGAUAAUGAUGGCGAUAAAGAAGACCGAGAUCAAGGUAGUAAUGGCAAAAAAGAAGACAAAGAUGACGAUGGUAAUGACGAAGAUAAUAAAGAUGACAAGGACGACGGUGGCAAUGAUAAUGACAGCGAUGACAACGAAGACGACGACGACGGUGGUAAUGACGAAGACAAUAAAGAUGACAAGGACGACGGUGGCAGUGAUAAUGACAGCGAUGACAACGAAGACGACGACGACGGUGGUGACGACGAUGACGACAAUGAUGAUGACGAUGACGAAAAUGAUGAUAACGAU